AUGGCCAUGGAGGUUGGUACCCCCUACCAAUUCGACCAUGUUACCCACGUUGGAUUCGAUCACACAACAGGUGGUUUUACCGGACUCCCACCAGAGUGGGAAGCAGUCCUCCGUGGUGAGAUCACAGCCGAGGAGGUCAACCGUCGCAGGAACCCACCCAAUUAUCAGCGACAAAAUGCUAUGACUGCUCAACGAGGUGGCUCUGGCUCUGGGCGAAGAAAAAAGCAAUCCUGCUUUAUGGCUUUCUUGGGAAAAUGUUUCGGUUCCACAUAUGAAGACAAGUCACCAUCUCCAACCCGCAUCGUCAGCUCCAGCAGGUUGGUGGAAACAUCUGAACGCCCUUCUUCGGUACCGCCUCCUUAUGAUAGUGUCAAGUCGUACGAUGAGGUAGAACAGAGGCCGGUUAACUCCCCCACAACCGCUACACCGCCUACCCAGUAA